CGAACGUAUUCUUUUCUCCACACCACUGCCGCCACCCAAGAACACCCAGAAAAUGUCUGAUCGACGAGUGGCCUUGCUGAACAAACGGUUCUUUGAUGUUCUCAAGGGCAAAGUCCCUAUCGAGCCACGAAACUGUCACUUGUUUCUCGAUUCUAUAUGUUCCCAACCAGAUGUUGCGGUAUGCGUAAGCAAGAUAGUGGGAGAAUCAAAAGGACCCUCUAUUGUGCAGGAGGCGAUGCGACUGGACUUGUCGGCAGAUUUUAUGAAUGGCAUUGGUGCUGAUGUUCUUGUAUAUCUCCUCCAGGCCACAAGCAUCAGCAGCAACGUGCUAGAUCACCUGUUUAUCCAAAUAGUCGAACCAGAUUUCUUCUGGUCGGUGUUUAGCCACGCUUUUGCUCGUGGAGAGCUACUUGAAAAAGCUCAACGUGCCUUCGCUAGCCUCCUCCUUCGGCUAUUGAACCUCUCCAACCACGACACAACACCCUAUCUCGAACUAGCUGGCAGGCCAAAUGUGCUCCCAAAACUCACAGGCUCUGAAAACUUGGAAGUCCGCCUUAUUGGAGAGAAGAUUAAGCAUAUCCUUUCGACGUAUGGCUCCUCAGCCCCUCCCCCGGCUGCCAAUGGCCCAGGUGGACGACAUGACAAUGAUUUUGUCAAUUUUCGCGAUAUCGCUAUCCUUCCCACAGCCGACGAAAUUAGAUCCAAACAGCUACCAUUCCUGCGCCGUAGCUCGGAGUUAGAAGAUGAAUCCGGAGAAAGCACUCGUACCGCGGAUUAUAUCGACAACACAUUUCGCCUUCUUCGUGAAGACAUGAUAGCGGAGAUGAGAGAAGAACUUCAAGCACUGGAAGGAAAGAACGUCAAGCGCCACCGCGCUAACCUGAUAGACGGUGUCAUACUCAAAGGCGUUUAUCAUGGCACUGAUGAUCGGAAGAUGCUGUGGGGAAUAACAUUGGAGUGUGUCGACGAGCUGCCAUCUCUGAAGCGCAUCCCCCCGAAGGACAGGAAAGCGUACCUCACAGAUGAUCACGCUGGCUCCAAGAUCCUUCGUCACCAAUCACUCGUCUGCGUGGUGGUUGAUAACGAAGUGGUCGGCUUUGGCACUGUGAACCGGGUGGAAGAUCUCUUGAUCUGCAGCCCUCCUAUUAUCGUCAUUCAACUAGAUGGGCGGGCGAGUACAAGCAGAACCAUCCUCCGGCUCCGCAAUGCCAAAAACGCAAAGCUCCUCCAGAUUGACACUGCUCUCUUUGCUUUUGAGCCGGUGCUCAAGGCAUUGCAGAAGACGCAGCACAUCCCAGUAUCGGAUGAACUGCUGUUCUGGAAGCGUGGUGUUACUCUGCAGAACCCCCCGCAGAUGGCUGAUGGCGUUAUCACAGCCAUUGAAGCCAACCGUUCUGGAAACUUGCAACACUUGCUUCAGACCCCCAACCCUAUACAACUAGAUCGCUCGCAAGCUUUGUCGAUUCUUUCUGGCCUGACUCAGAGGGUGUCUUUGAUACAGGGUCCUCCAGGGACCGGAAAGUCAUUUGUGGGCGCCCUCUUAGCAAAAGCACUACACGACUUCACCGAUCAGACGAUUCUUGUUGUUUGUUACACCAACCAUGCCCUGGACCAGUUUUUAGACGAUCUUCUCAAAAUCGGCAUUCCUGAUGACCAUAUGGUUCGACUCGGAGGUAGAGCUAAACCGCAGCUGGCGCAUCUCAACCUCUUCAGUCCUAGCCAGAGAACGUCCCAGUCCCCGCGGACUAAGGUGGAUUGGACCAUGAUCGAUGAAUUCAAGGCCAGACUUAAAUAUCUAUGCAGUCGCCUGGACAACUCCGUUGCAGAGUUCAUGGCACAUAGGAUUCGUUAUGAGGAUAUCUUGACGCAUAUCGAGUUCGAGGAUGAGUCUUAUUUUGAGGCUUUUCGCAUUCCCAAGUCAGAUGACGGCAUGGCCACUGUAGGCCGCAAAGGUCGGGAGAUUGACCCCACGUAUCUCAUCGCGCUAUGGGAAAGAGGCCAAUCGAGUCGCAUUUGGACUACUCCCUUGCCUGCCCGUAAGAACUUGAUGGCAAAAUGGACAAAUGACCUUCAGAGGCAGAUGGUAGAUGAUAUUGGCUCCGUUGGCCGAGACUACAACAAUUGUCAAAUAGAUCUCGCCCGGAAGCUUGGCGAGUCGUUGGUCGCAACGCUCAAGGCGAAAAGGAUCAUUGCAUGUACAACGACAGGUGCCGCGAAAUUCACUGAAGACCUCCGAACUGCUGCUCCCGAUGUCGUCCUUGUGGAGGAGGCUGGAGAGAUUUUGGAGAGCCAUAUCCUGACUGCUUUUGGCGCAAACACAAAUCAACUGAUCCUUAUUGGAGACCACAAGCAAUUGAGACCGAAAGUCAAUAGCUAUGCCCUCCAGGUCGAGAGUGACCAAGGAUAUGACUUGAACAGGUCGCUCUUCGAGCGCCUUGUUCUAAAAGGAUUCCCUCAUGCUACUCUCACCGAGCAACAUCGUAUGCGGCCUGAAAUCUCCGCCCUUGUUCGCGAACUCACAUACCCCGAACUCACUGAUGCCGCCAGCACCCGUGGCAGAGACGAUAUUCGUGGGAUCCAAGAUAAUAUCAUUUUCGUCAACCAUGCUCACCCUGAGGACAACGAGGGCAGAGUCAGUGAUCGCAGCGAUCUUGGUUCUACAACUUCAAAACAAAACUCUUACGAAGCCGGCAUGGUUCUGAAGAUUCUCUCCAAACUUCGGGAAUAUCUCAAGGCAGACAAUGACCCGGUGUUGAAUGACCUCGACUCUUUUGACUUGGUCCGUGCGGGGUUGCUCUCUCCAGACGCUGCAAAAGCAUCCAAAAGGAAGAUAAGACUUGCUACCAUAGACAAUUACCAGGGAGAGGAAAGUGAUAUCGUGGUUACUAGCUUGACACGAUCGAAUCCUGAUGGCGCUAUCGGAUUCAUGAAGUCCCCUGAACGUUUGAAUGUCCUCUUGUCUCGGGCCCGUGAUGGUCUUAUUCUCAUCGGCAAUAUGGACACGUUCGAGAGCAAGUCCACCCUUUGGAGUCGUCUAUUCAGUCUUCUCAGACAGGCUGCACACAUCUAUGAAGGGUUCCCCGUUAAAUGCGAGCGCCAUCCUGCGCGGAAGGCCAUUCUGCGAGAUGCUAAUGAUUUCGAUGAUCGAUGUCCAGAUGGUGGUUGUUCGGAACCUUGUGGUGCCAUGCUCAGUUGCAACGUGCACCCUUGUCCCUCAAAGUGCCACCAACUUUCUGAUCACUCCAAAAUACUUUGCCAACAAGUGUUAUUUGGAAAAUGUACGGCAGGCGUCCACAAAGUUUCAUGGAAGUGUCAUCAAGGGCCUCGCACAAAAUGCACUCCGUGCGAGAAGGAUGCAGAUCGCACUGAAAAGCAAUUACUGCGCGACGCAGAAGUCCAGCAAAAACGCGAUGCCGAGCAAGCUGGCUUUGAUACUCAAAUGGCUGAAAUGGAUGCGAGACUUAAGGCCGAGGUCGAAGUUAUUGCAGAUGCUAAUACCGCGAAGCAGAGAGAGGCUAUGCUUAAGCAGAAGGAACGGGAGAUCGAAGAGGCAAAAGUUCGCGCGCAGAAAUUAGCAGGUUCCUCGAAAGACGGCACCAAAAAAAGCUCUGCCGCUCGCGACGACUGGGAGUCACAGAAGAGACUCUUAGGCGAGCAAAACGAUGCGAUUGAUAGUAUUAUGGCGAUGACUGGACUGGAAGGAGUGAAGUCGCAAGUUCUACAAACCAAAGAGAAGCUAGACUUGAUGAAACGCCAGGGAAUACCUGCGAACAAGGAGCGUCUGAACCUUGCACUCUUGGGAAAUCCAGGAACAGGGAAGACAACGGUCGCAAGGCUAUAUGCCCAGUUUCUUGAAUCGAUACAAAUUCUUCCAGGAAGCGCAUUUAAGGAAACCACAGGAGCGAGCUUGGCACAUGAUGGCGUCGGUGGCGCAAAGAAGCUCAUUGAAGACGUUAUGAAAGUUGGCGGUGGUGCCAUAUUCAUCGACGAGGCCUAUCAGCUGGUUAGUGCACAGGGUGGGUCUGGUACCGACGUUCUCGACUUCCUGCUAGCAGAGAUGGAGAACCGCGUUGGAAGCCUAGUUUUCAUCCUUGCCGGGUACAGCCGUCAGAUGGAGAAAUUUUUCAAUCAUAAUCAAGGUCUUCCGAGUCGUGUCCCGCAUCGAUUCACCUUCGAGGACUACACCGACGAAGAGCUCCUUGACAUGUUCGCUGAUCUGGUGGAGAAACAGUUCAGAGGCCAGAUGAAGGUUGAAGACGGCAUCCGGGGACUUUAUAGUCGAAUCGCAGUCCGACGCCUGGGUCGUGGACGCGGCCGCGAAGGGUUUGGAAAUGCCCGUGCACUGCAAAAUAUGUUUGCACAGAUACGUCAGCGACAGGCCGCGAGGGUAGGAAAAGAACGCAAGAACGGAUCGUCACCAGACGAUUUCUUGCUCGUUAAGGAAGAUCUUAUUGGUCCCAAUCCGAAUUCCGUUCUUCCGCAGUGCCCUUCAUGGAUAAAGUUACAAAAGCUCACUGGUCUUGAAUCCGUGAAGCAAUCUGUCAGCAACCUCUUCAACCUCAUUAGGGCGAACUAUCAUCGCGAGUUGGCAGAAAAGCAGCCUCUCGAUAUGGCCCUUAACCGAGUUUUCCUGGGCUCCCCAGGCACUGGCAAGACCACUGUCGCCAAACUCUAUGGUCAAGCACUGGCAGACCUAGGGCUUCUCAGUAACGGGGAAGUUGUGGUGAAGAACCCUUCAGAUUUUGUCGGGCAGCAUCUCGGGCAAUCCGAACAGAACACUAAGGCCAUCUUGGAGAGUACUGUCGGAAAGGUCCUGGUCAUUGACGAGGCAUACAUGCUGCAUAGUAAGAAUGGUGGUGCCCAUGACCCCUAUAAGACCGGCGUCAUUGACACCAUGGUUGCGGAGAUACAGAACGUACCAGGGGAUGAUCGGUGUGUUCUGUUAUUAGGAUACAAGGAGCAAAUGGAAGACAUGUUCAAGGCAGGUGAUGUUAAUCCCGGCUUUGCUCGUCGCUUUGCGAUUGAAGACGCAUUCAUGUUUGAAGACUUCACCGAGCCCCAACUAGAGGAAAUCUUUCAACGCAAGCUAAAUGACCAAGACCUUAGUGCAACAGAGAAAGCCAAGCAAGUAGCGCUUGGUCUUUUGAGCCGGAGAAAGAACCGUCCGAACUUUGGGAAUGGAGGAGAAGUGGAAAACAUGCUGACUUUUGCGAAAGAUCGAUAUUUAAAACGGCAGGCAUCGCAACCUUCCCAUCUGUCUCAGGACAUCGUCUUCGAACCAGAAGACUUCGAUCCUAAUUGGGACCGUGAUCAACACGCUGCAGCAAACUUGGCUCAGUUGUUCGAAGAUAUGGUUGGAUGCGAAGCUGUUAUUCAGAAGCUGGGAGAUUACCAGAGCAUGGCGCAAGGGAUGAAAGCAUCGGGACUAGAGAUGCGCAAGCAAAUCCCUACCAGUUUCAUCUUCAAGGGACCACCUGGAACCGGAAAGACGACCAUCGCAAGGAAAUUUGGUCAAGUCUAUUAUGACAUGGGCUUCCUCGCAGCCACAGAACUGGUCGAGUGUUCCGCAUCGGAUCUCGUUGGCGAGUACGUUGGCCAAACAGGUCCCAAGACGAAGAAACUUUUUGAGAAGGCCAUCGGCAAAGUCCUCUUCGUGGAUGAAGCUUAUCGGCUCAGCCAAGGUCAUUUUGCGCAGGAAGCCAUCGACGAAGUCGUGGGGCUGAUGACCAAUGAGAAGUUCAUGGGUAAGAUGGUCAUCAUCCUGGCAGGAUAUGAGAAGGAGAUGAACCAGCUUUUGGGCGCGAAUCCUGGGCUUUCCAGUCGAUUUUCCGAGGAGUUCAUUCUGCCUAAUAUGUCAUCGACCCGAUGCCUGGAGCUGCUUGACAAGGAACUGCGUGGGUCAAAGGUUGUCGUUCAAGGGCUAUCUGAUCCAUCAUCAUCACUAUACAAGGAGAUGCUAAGCAUCAUCGCUGAUAUGGCAAGCCUUGAAAACUGGGGCAAUGCACGUGAUGUAAUAUCUAUUGCGAAACGGCUAGCUCGCCCUGCGUUCAUCUCGGCCGGGAAAGCUCCAGGGAGUUCACUGGUCGUUACAUCAGAAGAUGCAUUGAGUAUCAUGAGAAGACAACUCUCGGAGCAACAAGAACGUCUCAACUUGCCCAGCAAGACGGUGUCACCAACCCCCGGUGUCCCACAGAUGGCUAUGUCAAGAAACAUCGCCCCUCCUCCUCCUUCAACCUCUCAGAGUGUGUCUACUUCAGCUCCUCCAAAGCCCCCUACUUCCAAGCCAUCUCGUAAACGAAUGCAGCAGCAACCCAAACCUCCCUUCGAUGGGACACCUCCGCUAGACACCACGGUUUCAUCUCAGACAAAUGACCAGGUGCAACGGGAUCCCGGUGUAGAUGAUGCCACUUGGACGAGGCUGCAGGCGGAUAAAGCAGCUGCGGAAGCAGCCGAAAGGGAUGCCGCUGAGGAGUUGCGAAAGCGUGAUAUUGCACAGCAGAAUGCCCUGAACGAGCUGCGAGCUGCUGCAGCUGCUGCACAGAAACUCGCGCAGAAACUAGCGAAUGAUAACGCCAAUGAACAGCUCAUGCGCCAACGAGAGGCCGCUCGCAUCCGAGAGCUAGGGGCUAAAGCUGCUCGAGAGAAAGCCUUGGCCGAGCUGAAGAAGAAGCAGCAAGAGGAAGAGAGGAGGAGGCGCGAGGAGGCUCGAGUACAGCAGAAGUUGCGGGAAAUGGGUGUGUGUGUUGCAGGCUAUCGCUGGAUCAAGCAGUCGCAAGGUUAUCGAUGUUCUGCUGGCGGCCAUUUUAUUUCGAAUGACCAGCUGGGUAUCUAGGUCAGAUUUGAUAUCUAAAGUUACUGUAUUGUAUGUCCAGAUGAUGAACCUACCUAGGUUGAAGUUGCAGCAAAUGGGUGUGUGUGUUGCAGGCUUUCGCUGGAUCAAGCAGUCGCAAGGUUAUCGAUGUGCUGGU